CCUUGUAUACCCCUUUGGAUAGGUCGUCAUUGUAAUCUGCCGCUACCUACCUAUUCCCCUGUUUAAAGUUAGCUCAGGGGCAGUCGCUCUCUCAAUGGAUUAUAUGCAAAUAAGCGAGGAUGAUAAGCAUUUAUCCACGGGUUUGGUUAUCUUCAAAUUUACAUGCAACAUGCCCCAACUUCUUCUCUUCCAGAGAUCUACUUCGAUAACCAACCUGCGCAAAGAAAAAGUAGGUCUCAUACAGGACUAAAUUUGAGAUGCCUUGACUGCCAAUUCCCGGCCCAAUACUCUGAUCCCCCAAUCUUGAAAUCCCCAAACUUUGCCGUUGGAAACCCGCCCAACAACCCCACCCCCAAAAAAUGUCCCCAACCGACCCCCCCCAGAGCACCAAGCUCCCCCUCGCCCCAAACAUGGACCAGAUCCUCAACCGCAUCUCCCUCGGCCUGGCCAAGCACGAGCGCGUCCUCAAGACCCUCAUCCGCCCGACCGCCUCGACACCGAACAAGCCCUCCUCCUCCUCCUCUGGCUUCUCCUCCCUCGCGGCGGCGGCGGCCGGGCCACAGCAGCAGCAGCAGCAGCAGGCCCCGCCGCGCCCCACCGACAACAACAGCAACCACCCACCACAACAACACCGGAGCUCAGCAGCAGCCGCAGAGCGCAUCGAAGCCCUGCCCCCGAACGCGGGCAUCGGCUACCUCCCCGCGAGCACGGGCCCCGGCGCGGGCGCGGGCUCGGCGACGGGGCGCGGCGGCAUGGAUCGGGCGCUGCGGACGCGGCUGCUGGGGAGGGGCGGCGGCGGCGGCGGCGGCGGUCGUGAUGACAAGGCCGGGGGGAAGAGGGGGUUGGAGCGCGGGGGCAGCGAGAGCGAGGAGGAGGAGGGGAGGAGUGGGGUUGGGAGGGGGAAGAGGAGGCGAGUUGGUGGCGUGGGCGUGGGCGUGGGCGUGGGCGUGGGCGUGAGCGAGGGCGAGGCCGAGGGGGUUGUUGGGGCUCUUGGUUCGGCAGUGGGGACGGCCGAGGGUGGGAUAACCCGGGGUGCCGAUGCUGGGGGCGAGCCUGAUAGGAUGCGGGACGAGGACGCGGUCGCGGACGGGGCCGGCGCGGGGAUCGUCGGGUCGGGAAGUGUACCGUCGUCGGAUUCGCAAGCCGUGUCGGCAGAGCCGAGCGACACCGCCAAGGAGAAGAAGAAACGGAAGAGGACCAACAAGAAGAACAAGAAGAAGAGGAAAGCCCCUGCGGAGUCGGGCUGA